AUGGCCAAACGCGAUCCCGCUACCCUCUCCAACUACAAUGAGUGGAUCACCAAGCACACCACUGCCAAUCUCUCCAUUGAUUUCAAGGAGAAGAUCCUCAAGGGCAAGGUCUGCCUCGAGCUCGAGUCCUUGACAGACAGACUGAGCAAGGAGAUCAUUCUCGAUUCAAGCUUUGUCAAGGUCUCUGGCGUCAAGGUCGACCAGGCGACCUCUCAAUGGCAUCUCAAGGAUCGGUCCGAGCCCUUUGGCUCUCCUCUUCACGUUUCGGUGCCCGAAGGUGCCGCCAAGGGUGACGUCGUCAGGGUGGAAAUCGACCUCGAGACGACGAGCAAGUGCACUGCCGUCCAGUUCCUGACGCCUGCGCAGACGUCGAACAAGAAGCACCCCUACAUGUUCACGCAGUGCCAGGCCAUCCAUGCGCGGUCCCUUUUCCCGUGCCAGGACACUCCUGACGUCAAGUCGACCUACACGUUCAAGAUCCAGUCCUCUCUUGCCGUCAUUGCUAGUGGCGUCAAGGUCGAGGGCGGCGAGGAAAAGAACGGAGACGAGACCAUCUAUCAUUUCGAGCAGACGGUCCCCAUGCCCUCCUAUCUCUUCGCCCUCGCUUCUGGCGACAUUGCUACGGCUUCCAUCGGACCCCGUAGUGUUGUAGCCUCUGGACCCGAGGAGCUCGAGGCGUGCCGUUGGGAGCUGGAUGGCGUAGAGCACUUUAUCGAAGUUGUUGAGAAGCUCGUGUCGCCAUACGAGUGGAAGGAGUUCAACGUUCUCAUCCUGCCCAGCUCAUUCCCAUAUGGUGGCAUGGAAAACCCCGUAUUCACUUACGCCACCCCGACACUGAUCAGCGGUGACCGCCAGAAUGUGGACGUCAUCGCUCACGAACUCUCGCAUUCCUGGAGCGGUAACCUCGUUUCGUGCUCUGACUGGCAGCACUUCUGGCUCAACGAGGGCUGGACCAUCUACCUCGAGAGGCGCAUCGGCAUGGCCAUCCACGGCGACGCUGAGAGGGACUUUUCCGCCAUCAUCGGCUGGAAGGCUCUUGAAGAUGCUGUUGAUCUGUUUGGGCACGACCACGAGUUUACAAAGCUGGUGAUUGAGCAAAAGGGCAUUGAUCCCGAUGACGCCUUCAGCACUGUCCCCUACGAGAAGGGCUUCCACUUCCUUUACUACCUCGAGAAGCUCGUUGGUCGGGAAAGCUUUGACAAAUUCAUUCCCCAUUACUUUACCAAAUGGGCCAGGAAGUCACUUGAUUCCUUCGAGUUCAAGGCCACCUUCCUCGACUUCUUUAACGGUUUGGGCGAUGAGUCUAUCAAGAACAAGGCAGCCUCCAUCGACUGGGAUACUUGGUUCUACAAGCCUGGUCUUCCUCCCAAGCCUGUAUUCGACACAUCUCGUGUGGAUGUCUGCUACAAACUUGCGGACAACUGGAAGAGCGAGGACUUCGAGCCCAGCCCCAAGGAUGUCGAAGGCCUUACCGGUAACCAGAAGCUGGUUUUCCUGGAGGCGGUGGAAAAGUUCGGUCGGCCACUGACGCCCGAAAAGUCCCAAGCCAUGGGCAAGGCGUAUGCACUUGCUUCAUCGCAGAAUGCCGAGCUCAAGAGUGCGUACUACAAGAUUGCGCUCCAGGCUAAGGACACCACUGCCUAUCAAGGUGUGACCGAGCUGCUCGGCGUCGUGGGAAGGAUGAAGUACGUGCGGCCGCUUUAUAGGGCGCUGAACAAGGUCGACCGUGAUCUCGCAUUGAAGACGUUCGAGAAGAACCGUGACUUCUACCACCCUAUCUGCAAGGGCAUGGUUGAGAAGGACCUGGGGCUUGCUUGAAGCAAGUAGGUUUGCCGUUGAUGAUGGAUCAAGAUCUUAUAAUACACUACAUC